CUGGCUUCUGCACCCAUUAAACCCAAAUUCAGAAAAGUAAAAUAUAAGGACUUGUUGAAUUGAAAUGAUAAAAGAAAGAGAAUUGGUUUUUUUUUUUUCUCAGCAACCAAACAAGCUGAGGAAUUUGAAAGGAAAGUGAAAAAGAUAUAAGCUUGAAUUGAAACUAGUAUUUGGCUUUUGAGUCAAAGCAGUCAAAUGAAAUUACUCAAAUUCACCCUGUGGCACGUCAUAUAACACCCAUUACUCUGUUUUUUACCUUCAAGUUAGAUCUCGCAUAUGUUUUUUUCCCUUGGGGUUAUCCGCUUAGCUCAUUUAAGCAGUGUUUAAUGGUUAACAAAGACCUCCAUGGCAGCAACAAAGAAGCUUUCAUCUCUUUUCCCUUUGUUGUCUCUCAUUUGCUUCAUCUCUUUCUUUCUUCUUCUCUCUAUUUCCAGAAAAGCCUCCAUUUCCUCUUCCACAACUCAUCCCCAAUUCCUCCGUUUUAAACCCAUCGACGCCAAUCCCACCAUCCGAUCAGCCCCAUCUGCAACCGGCGAUUCUUCAUGCGAUUACUCCGAUGGGUCAUGGGUUUACGACCCAAAUGCGGGAUUUGAUCGAUACGACAGUAGCUGCAAGGAGAUAUUCAAAGGAUGGAAUUGCAUUUUGAACAACAAAUCCAACGGUAGAGACAUCAUUAAUUGGCGAUGGAAGCCUCGUAACUGUGAUCUCCCACCGUUCGAUCCCCUCCAGUUUCUUCACACUUACAGAGAUACCAACAUUGGGUUUAUUGGUGAUUCCUUAAACAGAAACAUGUUUGUAUCUUUGUUUUGUACUUUGAAACGUGUGUCCAAUGAUGUGAAGAAAUGGCGUCCUGCUGGAGCUGAUCGUGGCUUUACUUUCCUUCACUAUAAUCUCACCAUUGCUUAUCAUAGAACUAAUCUUUUGGCACGCUAUGGUAGAUGGUCAGCUAAUGGAAAUGGUGGUAAGGUAGAAGCUCUUGGAUAUAAAGAAGGUUAUAGAGUUGAUGUUGAUGUUCCAGAAAGCACAUGGGAAAAGGCUCCAAGCUUCCAUGAUAUACUAAUCUUUAACACAGGACACUGGUGGUGGGCUCCUUCGAAAUUUGACCCAGUUAAGUCACCCAUGCUUUUCUUUGAAAAGGGUCUACCUGUAAUCCCUCCCAUACCUCCUGAUCUUGGCUUGGAUAAGGUUUUAAAUCACAUGAUACGGUUUGUGGAGAAAACCAUGCGAGCGGAUGCUAUUAAAUUGUUUCGCACGCAAUCACCAAGGCAUUUUGAAGGUGGUGAUUGGGACCAAGGUGGUUCUUGUAAGCGGUUACAGCCUUUGUUACCCGAACAAGUGGAAGAUCUCUUCUCGUUGAAAAACAAUGGGACGAAUGUGGAGACAAGGCUUGUAAAUCAGCACAUAUACAACGCCCUCAAGGGGUCUAACGUCCACAUCUUAGAUAUUACCCGCUUGAGUGAGUUCAGAGCUGAUGCUCACCCUUCCACAGCCGGAGGAAAGAAACAUGAUGACUGCAUGCAUUGGUGCUUGCCGGGAGUUACAGAUACAUGGAAUGACCUGUUUGUAACACAUUUAAACAGUCUUAAAAUUUGAAACUGAUUAUAUUAUUACUAAA